UGUCAAAACCACCGAGAUGUCAUGUGACUUCAUGAUCUGGGCACAUGCGCUGACACCUCGAUCAGACGGGAUGCGCGAGCUCUGAAGACGUUUGCGCGAUUAUCAGUUUUUUUUUUUUUUUUUUCCUGGAACCCUGGUGAGGACCAUGAAUCGCAUGGACCCUUGCACUCUGCCUUGGGCGUGAACCUACACACACACACACACACACACACACACACACGUUAGAGGGUGUCGAGACAAGAGCGAGUCGGGCAACGCACGCGCCCGUCGGUUCGUUUAAGCGCGCGCCGCUCGUAGCAGGGGCGCCCCUCCCUUUUCUCUCCCCGGCGACGCCGUGCGUGAGCGUCAACAAACACAUUCAAAUAUGUGAAUAAGCAGCGGGCCUUCUCUCUCAGAUCAGGAUACAACCGUGCUUCCCUUAAGGACCUCUUUUUUUUUUUUGCACAUCAUUCUCCUAAAUAUGUCAGCGGAAUGCACGCGGCGACCGAUUGCUGUUUUAUCGCAGGCCUGAGUGGAGCAUGAGAGUGCCGUGGCUCGGCGUGACCACUUGGGCCGCUAUGGGGCUGGAAUGAUUGGUCCGGCUAGCUGGCAGCGGCGGGAUUAUGCUGACGUGCGUCCAGCAUGACUCCGCUGGACCUGUGGCUCUCGCGCUCCAUCCCCAUGUGCCUCCUGCUGCAGAGCCUGGUGCUCAUGGCCCUCUGCUUCCCAUCGGCCAGCAUGUGCCCCAAAGGGUGCGUGUGUCAACGGGCUGAGUACCCGCCCUAUGGCCUCAACGUAACCUGCAGCCUGGCGGAACUCAAGGAGAUCCCCUCAGACCUGCCUGCAGACACGGUGCUCCUCCAACUGGAUCACAACCAAAUCCAUGCUGUUCCUGAGCGCGCCUUCCAGGACCUCAGGAUGUUACGCAGGCUGAACCUGUCCCAUAAUUCAGUGGAGACGCUAGGCGAGAGUGCAUUUGUUGGCCUGGAGGCCUCGCUGGAGCUUCUUGACUUGUCACACAAUCGCAUAGUGAGCGUGCACAAGGAUGCAUUCGCACGGCUGAAGGCGCGUGUACUGGUCCAUGACAACCCAUGGCACUGCGACUGUGCAUUGCAGCAGGCACUCGGCGGCAUGGCGCACAAUCAUGAAGCAGCAGCACGCGUCCUGUGCCGCAGCUCUGAGCUGAGGGACCAGGAGGGACGUCCGUUCUUGGCAGUGGACGCCGAUUUGUGCAACCUGGCCAGGCGCACCACCGACUACGCCAUGCUGGUGACCAUGUUCGGCUGGUUCGCCAUGGUCAUCUCCUAUGUCGUCUACUACGUCAGGCAGAACCAGGAGGAUGCACGGCGCCACCUGGAGUACCUCAAGUCUCUACCGAGCAAACCUAGGAAGCCAGACGAACCAGAGGACAUCAGCACCGUGAUGUGACGUCAUUGUUUACGCCAAUAAGGCCUUGACUAAGCGGGUGGAGAAAAAAAUAGGGGCGAAAUUUCUGAUUCCAGAGAGCAAUUCAAUCCUAUUCAAGCUAAGACACCAACCAUAGAUGUAGUCCAAUACUUAACAUGUGUCUUCUCUUUUUCCAGUUGUGCAUUACUGUUACAAAGUAUUUAGGUCAGAUUUGUAAUACUUUUCCUAACUCUUCCUGUGUCCACAAGAGAUUUUAACUUCAAAAGUGGCAUUAGUAAAAUAAUCACUAACUCUUUAAAGAGGAGAUGGUGUAAAUGUCCUGCUUCAGACAUUGGAACGUGUGGUUUUAUGUUCCAGCUGGUAAAAUGCAACCAAUUGUCCAUUUAAUAAUCUACCCACAUCUAUAAACAGUUGUUAAACACCUUUAUGACCAGUACAGGUAUUUUGGUAUUCCGAUCUCAGGUUUAAAUGUCGAGAUGACUUUUAAAACCCCAAAAGUGUUUUGUUUUGAAGUUUAAUAGGAAACUUAUUAAGUGGCCUCAUCUAACAGAUGGAUAUACAUGAUAUUGUUCAGAAUGUGGUGUUUUUAAAAAAAAGCAUGAAAAACAUUUGAGUCCCUUUAAACUCCAUAGACUUUAUUAGCUAAUUGAUAAUCAAAGAAGAAAGGGCACAGUGCUUCGGAAAACUGAAAUUGGACGUUUCUUCCAACCUUCUGAAAAAGGUCAUGUUUACGUAAUCUCCAUUACCUCAUUGUUGUUAAUCUGUGCUUGUUGAACAGUGUAAUCCUAGAGUGUCAAUGUUGAUUUCUUUGUGCUCCAGAGAGAGUCAAUAUUUUUUGUCUUGGGUCUUCACAGGCUGGCAGUCAGGCUCGUUAUUGGUGUCUCUAAUAUCCCUCAUGUAUACAACAACCAUCAUCAACUUCAUAUUAGCCAUCAAUAUUACGAACAAAGCAGCUGGAAUGAGUAAUGCGUUUCCGUGAAAUGAAAUGCAAAAACGAAACCUCCGGCUGAGACACCAAUUUCCAUAUUGCUUCCCCCGUUUCCGGAGUUGAGACCUGCAUAUUAAUUAUGGGAUGUCAUAAGAGGAACAAUGAGGGAAGUGUGGUCAGUCUCUGUAACAUCAUCGUGUGCAUAUAGUAAUUUAACCAGACAAAUGUGAACAGCUAAUUGCAGCUGUCAGUCUCCUGAUGGGCCGUACUCACUGCCACCUCAAUGGUCCAGGAAAACAGGAAGCAACAAAUGAAACAAUACUGAGAUUACAGGUAUAGAUGGAAGGUGAUGAGGAUGAAUAAAAAAAAAAAAACUUCACAAUUCAGUUCCCUCCCUUCUACACUCUCAGAAAAUAAGCAUACUAAACUGUACCUUUCCUUGCCGUUUUGGUGGUACAUCUUUUGUCAAUUUAGUCUACAUUCACAUUACCAGGUUGAAGUGAUACAAACCCGAUUUUCUGCUUUCAUGUGAUCCAGAUUUGAUUGAUAUUAAAAUAUGAUUUUUUAAAAAUCAGACCCAAGUCACAUUCAUUUGAAGUCCUAGAUCUUAAUACAGAAACAUUAAUGUGGCUAUGCAACAUGAAUGAGAUCCAUCAGAUUGGAAUACAUGUUGCUUUUUCCUAAUGCAUAUGCUUUGGUUGCUGUGUUUCACGUGUAGUGACGUUAAAUUCAAUGGCAGGAUGAAGAAAUUGUUGAUACAUUUAAGGAUAUUUAAGGAAAUGAAUUUAUUGCUACCAAAACCAAGUGGUUUGUGAAACAAUUGCCGGAGAAGUGGCAAAGCACAGCCAAAAAUGAAUGUGGCUACAGUGCCAAAGGAACACUCUCCCAUAUAAAUACUCUGUGAAUCCCUCCACAGCGCGGUCCCAUCAUUGCUGGCUCCUGUCCCAUACCCACACAUCGCUCGGCAAAACAGUGCCAGUAAUAGCUGCAAAAACAGCAAAAGCUAGCCAUCUGGCUUCUUUAUUCGCCUUCUCAACCUGAUCAUGUGCACGUGCCGAGCUGUUUGCUGGCCUCCAGAGCAAACUGAUGCAGGUCUGGGCUACUAGCGCAUACAUUUGUUGCUUCUACUAUGAUGGAUUGUGUCACAAAUAUGACUUUGCUCUUUGUGAUGCAUGGGAAUCAUACAAAUUUGAUAUGCUAUGUAAUUUUAAAGACAGUUAUAUGGUUACGAAUGUGAACCAAAUGUCAAUCUGUCAAGAGAGACAGAUCCACUCUGAGCACAAAAUCCAAACUGUGCAAUGACGCUUGUAAUGUGAAUGUAACCUCAAUUAGUAACUUUGACCUAGAAAGCUGCAUGUAGUGUACCUUUUGGAGCUUUAUUCGAAAAACUAAUUACAGUCCAUUUAUGUAGCUGAAAUAAUUUUUAAAGGUAUAUUAUAUCCACAUUACCAGGUGAAAGAUACAUAUUAAAAGUACAAAAGAUGUACCCUUGAUGGUUCCAACUUACCAACAAAGAAAAGUACACUGUCGUGCUCAUUUUUCUGAGAGAGUUUUUAGCUACGAGGUGCUUUAAGCAUAACCCUUUCAAUAAAAAUCCUAACUGAUUCUGAGUGUUUACAGUUCUAUACUGUGAGUUAACACUGGCGUAAAGACGACGGCAGAUGGAGAUCCCUUUAAAGCAUUGUUGUUGAAUGUCUGUUGCCUUGUCUUGCAAAAGAAGUUCCACAUAUAUAUACACACACACACACCCACACACACACACACACAAACACACACACACACACCCACACACACACACCAUGUAGUGCUUAAGAGUGACAAGAGCCGUCGUUUAAUGCAUAAUCCACAAUGAAGCGUGGUGUAGCCAAGGACUCGGGAGAUUUUAUAAGUGCCUGAAAUAACUCGUCUUUCAAUAUCCAGUUCGACCGUCACCCAUACAUUCUGUCAUUCCUGAUUUAAACUCAGCUGAUUCAUGCAUGCCUGGCCUUAGGGACACGUUCUUCUUUCUAAAUGUUUUCUACACAAACACUGCAAGAUUUAAAGAGAGAAGGCUGGGGGGAAAAAUCGUAGCGUGGCAUGUGGAGUUAAUGGCUUCAGUGUGAUUUUACUCUGUUUCUGUUUCACACUUUUAUUUUCCCAGUAUAAUUUUUCUACCUGGUAACCAUCAACCUGUCUUCUGUUUUAAAAUAGUAACUGAUUUUGAAGACCUGAACACUGAAUACCACUGAUGGUACAUGACAUUAGAAGUGCAUGUAGAGGAGAAAAUGAAAUAAUAAUAAAAAAGACUCUGUCUUGCGG